CACAUCCGCAAAAGUGAGGAACAUAAAAAGGACAAAUAAAUAAAAGAUUAAGUGCCACACCUAGUGGUCAAGCAGGGUAAAAACAUUUGUGUUUAAUUUUUUCUUCUUUUUUUAAUUGUGCAGAGAGACUGUGAUGGCGUGAGGGAUUUGUACAGUAGGUGCAAUGUUCUCCAGUGAAAUGAUCUCCAUCACAGUAGAGGAUGUCCUCCACACGACCUUGUGCGCGUGCACGCUUCAUCCAUAACGCUGCAUAACCAGCACAUGACACUUUCAUGCCAUCGGACGCCUAUGAACAGCUAAACAAUAACUUGUGGGGCUCGCGUGUGAGUCUCUGUGUACAUCUCUUAGGAAGGCAUGUUCACGCUGUAGCCAGUGUGCAAUUUACAGCCUAUAUACUGCUAAUCAUGCAAGCGUGAACAGUAGCUAAAUGUAGCUACAGCUGUGUGUCAGGUAUCCUCUCAUACAUGAACUCUAGGUGUGAUGUAUAAAGCAUUGACUGCCUUGUAAGAAUUUCGACUUUUCCAUUCAUAAAAAAAGUAAACAAAACAAACAAACAAACAGGAUCAUCAAGAUAACGAGCUCAUUAGCCUUUAGUGUGGAGGACAAGCAAAGAGUCAGAGUAAGCACAUGCACGUGGAGUCAGGUUAGAUGCUUUAAAACACACACACACACACGCAAACCCAUAUAAGAUCUGCACUAGGACCCAGAGCUUGCUCAUUAAGUAAUUUCUAUUAGCCCCUUCGGAUUUAAUGGCAUGCAUCAUCUUGGAAAUGUGUUUUUUUUUAAAGUGAAAAACACUCCUCUUGUAGAUGGUGGGGCUUCCAAAAAAGCCCCACCAAGAUGUUAGGAGUCUCCACGUGACAGCAGCGCUGAGCUUAUAUAGUAAAAGCGGCCCAAGCAUCAGCACCACUAAGCUUCAGCUCCUCAUCAGCGCAGCUCCGGAGCCUGUAGGUGCUGACCAGGCGGAGAAAGCCACACAGCGACCUCACACACACCUUCACCAUCACUAAUUAGCUUCAGGUGUUCGACAUAACUGUGUUUUCUUUUCUCUCUCUCUUUUAUUUUUUUUUUUUUUCGCGGAGGACCAAACCCGAGGCGCUUUUUUUUUUCCUCCUCUCAACCCGCGGAGCAGCACGUGAAGCGCUGGAGAGUGUGUGUGUGCGCGCGGGCGCGUGUGUGUGUGUGCGCGCUGCUUCCGAGCGCAGAGUGUGUGAUGAGCUGUGAAUAACGGAUCCACGGCGGGGUUUGGAGUGAGAAACUUUUUCCCGGCGACAGGGAUGCUCAGUGCCCUAGCUCCACUUUGGUCUUCUGAAGGAACUUGAUAUUAGUUGUUUUUGGUUUUUUUUUUUUUUCUUCAACCGGACCGGACUCUUUUCUCCCCCCUUUCUUUCUUUCUUUCUUUAUCUCCGUCUCUCUUUUUCGCAGGUAGUCUUAUGUCAUAUUGUGUGUGAGAGCGCGCGCGCGCGAGUGUGUGUGUGAGAUAAAGAGUGUGCGUGCGCGCGCGCAUGUGUGUGUGUGUGUGUCUUAGCUUAUACUGAAGGUAUACCCGUUUUGCUGAACAUGUCGGAUGGCGAUCUACGCUACGUUACGCCAGCACGCUCCCACCAGAUACCGUUGAUGUAUUCUAAUCCACGUUGUGUGCGCUAAAUGAUUGUUUUGUUGAUGAAUAACGGUUCUUCAUCCUCCGCUAUAGGCUGUCCUUAUAUCCGCUCACCGUCUUGCACUGCCUUAUACACUAGAAUCUCAUUAGAACCUCAUCUUUCAAUACGGUACGGGAGUGUUCUUCUUCUUAGCCUAUGAUUAACCCCCGUGCGUGCGCUUUUUAAAUACGCUUUAUUAUUAAUAAUCAUUUAAAAAUAAAUUUAAAAAAUGACAUUAGUCGCUGAUGAUAAACUCUUCCCCGUCUGAUGAGCGACACGCUGAAGUAUGGACUUCUAAACUUCCCAGUCUCCUCUAGGAACAAUCUGUAAGGCAAUAUUAAAAGCUUCAACACGGACAUUGAGGACUGUGGACGGAAAAGACAGGGGGAAAAACGAAAAACACCCCCCACUUCAGACACGUUUGGCACUUCUGACUGAGAGGAGAGAACGCACAGCCGCCCAGAUGCAGUUUCGACUCUUCUCCUUUGCUUUGAUCGUGUUGAACUGCAUGGACUACAGCUACUGUCAGACGCAGGCGCAUCGCUGGAGAAGGAACAAAAGAGCUAGCUAUGUUUACCCAAUCUGCAAAGGCUGCUCAGUUUGUUCGAAGGACAAUGGGUGUAUGACGUGCCAGCCCAAGCUCUUCCUUUUCCUGAGGAGGGAGAGGAUGAGGCAGUACGGCGAGUGUCUCCACGUCUGCCCCUCUGGCUACUACGGCACCCGUGGGCCGGAGAUCAACAUGUGCUCAAGAUGUAGGAUAGAGAACUGUGAGACCUGUUUCAGCAAAGAGCAUUGUACGAAGUGCAAGCCUGGUUUUUACUUGCACAAAACCCGCUGCUAUGAGAAGUGUCCAGAGGGCUUUGCGCCACUGGAUGACAGCAUGGAGUGUGGGGAGGGCUGUGAGGUGGGCCAGUGGAGCGAGUGGGGGACGUGCACCAGGAGAAACAAAACAUGUGGCUUCAAGUGGGGAUUGGAGACUCGCACAAGGCAUAUUGUGAAGAAACCGCCAAGGGACACGAUACCUUGCCCGACGAUUGCUGAGUCCAGGAGGUGCAAAAUGCCUAUGCGACACUGCAGGAAAGGGGGAUCGGGGAAGCACAAGCCCAAAGAUCAGAAGAAGAAGUCCAACAAGCAGAGGCUGCGCUUCCGAGCUCAGAACCACCACAGUGACCACCUGGCCUCGUUGAGGGCCAGCCAGUAAAGACUGAGAUUUCCACAUGGAACGAAGAUCAGAAAGCUGCUACCCGCUGCUCAACACACACUCAUACAUGCACACACACACACACACACACACAUACACACAUACACACACACAUACACACACACACACACACACACACAUAUACACACAAACACAAAUGCAGUUCCUCACAGUCUCUUAAGCUGUACACACACAUUCACACAUGCGCUGUGUAUUUGUACCUCCUGCUGCUUCCGUCGUGCCGGUGCCCCAAUGCGUGACCCUUCUCGACAUCAUCAAGCCGUACAGCAGCUGUCGGUACCCAGUCUGAGCUGGAAGAUGAGGAAAACAGAGCUGAAUGAGGACUGAAGGAGUCAUGGACUUUAAGAUUGGAGGAUGAGCAACGAGCAAGCGAGAGAGAGAGAGAGAGAGAGAGAGAGCGGGAGGAGAAUAGAUAGAAGGAGGGUGGAUGGAGAGAAUAAUGUCUUGAGAAGAAAGACUUGUCUAUAUUUAUGUAAGAUGAUGUGCGCAUUGAUGGAGGCAGAGUGCGCCAUGUAAUGCCUUUUUUCGGUUGGCUCUGUACAUUUUUUGAGAGUAAUCCAGUAUAAUGUGUAGUUGCAAAGUAUUUUAUUCUCGGCACAAGAUGUUUACGUCCAGACUGCUUUAUGCUCUAACUGUAUAUUGUGGAUAAUAAAAAAAAAUUUAGUUGUUCACCUAGCAUGGCCACAAACUCAUUUGUACAUAGUUGGUGAGUUUAUCUAAUGAUAUUAUUAAAAUAAAACAUUACUGUAUUUUCAGUAUUGAACUCCUUCACCAUUAAUUGUGUUAGUAAAAGGUUAUAAUACCAGCUACAGAUUUAAGAUUUAAAAAAAAAAAAAGUAAAUAAAACAUAGCCUUCACAUAGCUAUUACAUUUAUAUGGUAUAUAUUUGAUUUAUUUAUUGAUUUUGAUUUUGUAUUUCUUGUGUUUGUUGACAGUUUUGUCUCUGUAUCUGUUACUACUCUGUGCUGAAAUAUUCUUUGAACACUUAUAACAAUACAGAUAUCUCCACCAGUGGAA